GAGACGGCAGCAGAGCGGGAGUGUGCUGCAGAGUGUGGAAGAUCCCUUUCCCCUCAAAAUUAUCAAAGACACCUUGAUUACAUGCAUACGUCCUUACAUAAUUUCAUGAUUGUUUCUACAGACGACCGAAGGAAAAUCUUGAAACGUUACCAUUGGCUUUCUCCGCUUCAAACCAUACCGGUGGAGGCGGCUUCGCAAAAAUGAUAGCAAGAGGAUGUUUUUUUCUGGCUUUACUGGUGAAUUAUGUGCUUUCAUUACCGGUAUCUUCACAUCACAUUGAGAACGAGGAUGUCAAGGUGAUGAAAUGCAUAGUAGAGGUGAUCGCCGACGUGCUGUCAAAGCCCAACCCUAUCCCCGUUAGCCAGGACUGCCUGGACUGUCUCAGGACAGAUAAUAGACUCAUCUCCAUACUCCGGCGACAGAACUUCCUCAAUGAGCUGCAAGAGAUUGCCAUUCAAGGUGCCAAUGAGAGAGCCCUGCAAAAGACUGAGGGUGGGGCUGACCAUGUGACAGACAGACUUAAGAGCUCUACAGCCCCUGUGGAUUCACCAGAUCAGUCCAUGUUGGCAUUCCUGGAAAGACCAGAAGAGAGGGCUAUCACGUCUGAGAAGAGAGAAAGGGAGGACGACAGUGUGGGGAACGAGGGAAAAUCGCAGGAAGAGGAACCUGACAGUCACACUUCAAACUCCCAGCAUGAAGAGGAGGGGACACAAGCCAGCUUGGAGGGCGAUGCAGAGAAAGAGGAAGGGGGCGAGACUGAGCCAGCUGAUAUCUCAGCAGAGGUGAAGUCACAGGGAGAGGAGCCAGGGUCGGAGGAGGCGCAGACGAGGAGGGAUUUCGAAGGACUGGAGGAGAGAAAAGAGGAGGAAGAGGAGGGGGAGCCCUCGGAGGGGCCGUCGUCCCGGAGACGGGCAGAAGGGGAGCCGAGGGGCGGGGUCACGGAGGGAAUCCCCCACCAUUCGAAGGAGGACGGCGGGGAGGAGGAGGAGGCACGCAGGAGCCCCGAAGCCCUGGAGCUCCAGCUCAUGGCCCGCAGGGAGACAGAGGAGGGCAGCGCUAAUCGCAAGGCAGAGGAUCACGAGGUCGAGAGUCUAGCCGCCAUUGAGUCAGAGCUGGAGAACAUGGCCCAAAAGCUCCACGAGUUGAGGAGGGGCUGAGUGCUGUUCCAGCUUUCCACAGGUGUACGGCCUCACUGGAGACACAGCCCUCUCUUGUAAUACCCCUCUUGAAAAAGCACUGGUGUCUGGUCCUGUUCCUGGCCACCCUUCUCACCAUACCUCUUUUCUACCCUUUCGUCAUGUGCCCGGCCCAGCUAGACCCGAGCCCUUUUUGAUCCGCCAUUUUCUUCCUACUAUGCUAGUGCUUCGAAGCAUCCCUGCUGCUUCUCAUGAAAUGGAAGUAAUAAUGAUGAAACUAAAAAUGCCACAUCGAUUCUUUUGAUCGGUAACGAGUGAUGGGGGAGUGUGUAUUCUGUGAGAUGGUAUAUGCUUGAAAUUAUGUAUUCUUUCUAACCUAUUAUAUUUAUAAUAAAAUUGUACCUUAAGUCCCUUAUUAUUCUUCAAGAUACAUGCAAUAAAUAAGAAUUUGUAACAGAUGAGUGAUUUCAGAAAAUUAAAUGCUGUAUGGAAUUUAUCUAUAAAUGAAUAAACUGGAUGGAUUUGUCUGGC